AUGGCGUUUCAAGACAAUCAUCAUCUCUCUCAAGACCUCUCCUUCAAUCAUUUCACCGACCAACAACAACACCACCACCACCAACAACCACCACCUCCUCCUCCUCCCGCUCCUCCGCAACAACAACAUUUCCAGGGAACUCCCCCUCCCAACUGGCUCAACACGGCCCUCCUCCGCUCCGACAACAACAACAACAGCAACAACUUCCUCAACCUCCACACAUCCACCGCCGCGAGCAGCUCCGAUUCUCCCUCCUCCGCCGCCGCCGCCGUCGCGGCUAACCAGUGGCUAUCCCGCUCCUCCUCCUUCCUCCAACGCAACAACGCUGGAGCCGAGGCGAUGAUGGGCGGAGGAGGAGAGAUGAAGAGCGGCGGCGGCGGAGAGAGCAAGAACGACGGAGGAGGAGGAGAGGGAGUUGUGAGCUGGGAGAAUGCGAGACACAAGGCGGAGAUACUCUCUCAUCCGUUGUACGAGCAGCUUUUGUCGGCGCACGUGGCGUGUUUGAGAAUCGCCACGCCGGUUGAUCAGCUUCCGAGGAUAGAUGCUCAGCUUGCGCAGUCGCAGGACGUCGUCGCGAAGUACUCUGCUUUGGGAGCUGGGCAAGGACUCGUCGGUGAUGACAAGGAGCUUGACCAGUUCAUGACGCAUUAUGUGCUGCUUCUGUGUUCGUUCAAAGAGCAACUUCAACAACACGUGCGUGUUCAUGCAAUGGAAGCUGUGAUGGCAUGUUGGGAGAUUGAGCAGUCUCUUCAAAGCUUAACCG